AUGGUGCUAAGUUUUAGAUUUGUUUGUUUCGUUGCAUGCAGUUUCUUCACAUUAUCGAGAGAAACGCUAGCUGUGCCACAGUUGGAUACGUCAUCAGCGGAAUCAUCAGAAGCGUCAUCAGAGUUGUCAUCAGGACAGCUAUCGAGUUCCGCCUCGACGGAACUACAUGAAGGAUCGGGGGAAGAUCCGCCUGAUCCCUUACCGUCUUCUGUUAUUAAGAAUGAAACUCGAGAAGCUUUGAAAACAGAUGGCAGUGAGCAAGACCCGGUGGUGUUCCUCUCAGACAAAAACAACUACAUACCAGUGAGCAUUAAACCACGUUCGCCCGGUGCGGACACUGCGUGGCGGGAGCCGCCGGCCUGGGAACGCGAGUAUAGGAAACACCGCACAAACGGGAGCAGGGUUCAGUAUAUUGAAGCAGAAUGUCAAGAUGACUUUAUGAAGAUAAGGGUCGGAUUCAAUGGUUCUUUCAGUGGAUUGGUGUAUUCUGCAGGUUAUUCUUAUGAUCCGGACUGCAUGUACAUAAAUGGCACUGGUCGCGACUACUACGAGUUCUACAUACAACUGAACCGAUGCGGCACGCUCGGCAGGAACAGUCAGCACGACGACUCUAGGAAACAUCCUACUAAGAACCUGAUGUGGAACACCAUAACUGUUCAAUACAAUUCGUUGAUCGAGGAGGAAUUGGAUGAACACUUCAAGGUGACCUGCGAGUACGGAUAUGAUUUUUGGAAGACUGUCACCUUCCCUUUUUUGGAUGUAGAAGUAGCAACAGGCAAUCCCGUUGUAUUCACGCUGCAGCCGCCAGAGUGUUAUAUGGAGAUCAGGUCGGGGUACGGCGCGGGUGGUGCGCGAGUCUCCGGCCCUGUAAGAGUAGGAGACCCCCUUACACUGCUUAUUUACAUGAGAAGCGCUUACGAUGGAUUCGACAUAGUGGUGAACGACUGCUUUGCUCAUAACGGUGCCACCAAGCGGAUACAACUCAUUGAUGAAUAUGGCUGUCCAGUAGAUGACAAGUUGAUCUCUCGGUUCCGCGGCUCGUGGUCCGAGGCGGGCGUGUUCGAGACGCAAGUGUACGCGUAUAUGAAGACGUUUCGUUUCACCGGCUCGCCCGCGCUUUACAUCGAGUGUGACGUCAGAAUGUGUCAUGGCAGAUGCCCUUCGCAGCCUUGUCACUGGCGCAAUAUGAAGAGCGUGCGGCGGCGUUCCAUAGAGUCUAGCACGGCGCCCGCGGGGAGCGUGCCGCCGCGACUCUCAGAGAACAUCUCUCUCUUCCAAUCACUCAGGGUGUUGCAGGAAGGGGAAGACGAUGCCGAGAUGUCAGCAAGCAUAAGUGCAAGGGACGGUCAAACAUGCAUGAAGACCUCAGCAUUAUCCGCCAUAAUCGCGUCGUGCGGAAUCCUGAUAGCAGCGUUGUGCGGCGCCGUGCUGGUGGCGGCGCGCGGCUGGCGGCGGCGGGAGGGCGGCGCGCCGCACCACGCCUACGUGCCGCACAAGGGACGGAUCAAAUAACACGGCCAUACUUUAACCAUAUGUCAGAAUUAUUUAGCCAUUUUCAAUAAACGAUCUUGAUCUAAAUCUUCAAUCCGAUUCCGAGAACGAAACAAUUAAAAUAACUCAUUUGUAACAUGUCAGAAAAACUUUGUUUUGAUUGACUCAUUUUUAGAUAAAUCGGAAGAAGCGAUUGGGAUCAUUUAGUGAAAAUAGCGGUUAGCCCAUUUCCUCCUGUACCGGUUUUGAACAGGCCGGCAUAAUUGUAUCGACUAUAACAAGCUAUGGGCAUAUUAACUGCGUUACAUCCUGUAUUAAUACAUGUCUGUAUACCCGGUUUUAAACAGUUUGGCAUCGCCUGCCAAGAGAUAAUAAUCUUACAAUCGAUAGCCUAUCUGCAAGGCACUCUACUUACAAUUAGAAGCCGUGGACUCACUUAGCCCCGUAAAAAACCAUAGCGGUAGUACACCAAUCAAGAUAAAGUUUGAUCGCAACACUCGCGUAUUGCUUAUUUUGAUUGGUUAUUUUCGGGAUCGAUCUACAGAUAUCGAUUAAGAUUGAUUAAUCAUUUCGGGUUAGUAAUAAAGGUUGUAUAUUGUGUCCGUUAUGGUUUUAGUGUAUUAUUUUGCUAUUAUUGGAAUUUAAUGGUUGAGCAAGCGAGACAAAACGUUUAAUUUUGAUGUAAAUGGUAUGCCGAUAUAAUAGUAAGGCCAUGCGUUCUCGAAAUAAUGCAUUUGUGUAUUAUAAACUAUAAUAUUGUUAAGGUAUUUGUAUAGCUUGAACGCAAAAGUAAACUGUAUUGUAGUUUUGAUAUUAUAGUGUUGCCAAUUUAGUGACUUACACGAAAAACAGUAGAUUUUGUCAAGCGUUGUGAUUUUUAAAUCAAUCUAAAGUAACUCAUCGCACAAUCAUACGACAGCUAUAUAUUAAAAAAUAUAUAUUAUUUUUUAUUUUAAAAUUAAUGUAUUGUGUUGUUUAAUGCAAUUUUUCUAAAUAGAGUGAACGUGUUAAUCUUGUAAUGUGGACAAAUUGCGAGGACAUAUAUUUUUGAUAAUUUAAAAUAUACCUCCUCCGUUUGCCUAUUAUUUAAGUAAUCACUGAUAUUUAUCGAUGUUGUGAUAAAAAGUAUUAAGUUAUAUAGAUUAGGUAAUUUAAUUUUGAGGUAAGUUCUAAAGAUAAAUAUUUAAAUCCAAACGAUUAUUGAGAAUAUUCUACAAAAUAUGU